GAGGAUCUUCCAACACAUACUCUCCUGUGGUGAUGCCAUUCACAGCAGUACUGCGUUUAGACAUGCCCAUUUUAUUGAGAAAAAUACUUCCACGCUGUUCAAGAUCAACACUAAACAGGGAACUGUUACUUCAAUUUUACACUGAGUGGGUGAUGUUGCUGUAAUGAGGAUGCGCUUUCCUCUGAAGAAAAUCCGCAAGCAGUUCAAACUCCUUCUGCUACUCGUUUUGCUUAUGUUUGCCAUUAGGUUCACAUAUCUUCACAUCAACCAAGGCAAAGCCAAUAAACUCCACUUCAACUAUGGGAAAGAUAUGGAGAGGCAGGCAGAAGGCAUGGGGUCCAGUCAUAUGAAACACACCCCACCUCUUAUUCUCUCUGAGCUCAAGGAUGCUGUUGACAGUCAGGAGGAUUUGGGGGGGGAAGAGCUCAGUGAGUCUGUUCAGGAGAGCCAUGCCAACACUGAGAUGUGCAGACUCCUCAGCCAGAAGUUCCACAGGUUACCAUGGAAACCAGAGUAUAAAGGUCAAGCCAAUCUGCAUGUGUUUGAAGACUGGUGUGGCUCAUCUGUCUCCCAGCUCAGGAAGAAUCUUCAUUUUCCUCUCUAUCCACAUACCAGGACCACAGUGAAGAAAAUUGCAGUGGCUCCAAAGUGGAAGAAUUAUGGCCUUAGAAUCUUCGGAUUCAUUCAUCCCUAUAAAGAUGGGGAUUUCCAGUUCGCCAUUGCAUCGGAUGACAACUCUGAACUGUGGCUUAGCUCAGAUGAGAAUCCGCUCAAUUCCAGACUGCUGGUGUAUGUGGGACAGUAUGGCCCGGAGUGGACAGCUCCUGGAGAGUUCAGCAAAUUCAGAUCCCAAACUUCCAAACCUGUGCGUCUCAUGUCCUCACGGCGAUACUACUUUGAGGUUUUGCACAAACAAGAUGACAGAGGUUCAGACCAUGUGGAGGUGGGGUGGAGACCGUUCCUGCCCGGGCUGAAGUAUGAUGUUAUUGACUCAGCUUAUAUCUCUUUGUACACAGAUGAAUCCAGUCUGAAGAUGAACAGUGUCAGACACAUCCCACAGACACUGGCCAGUCAUUCUCUCACUCUGCAGGUUAACAACAGGACAGAAAGACAUACUGCAGACAUGCUCAAAGCAGACCCACGAGACACCUUCUACAAGGUUCCCAUGAUAGACCAGUCCAGGCUGGAGAAUGUUCUGCCGUCUUGUGUUUACGCUCCUACAUAUGUGGUGAAGGACUUCCCAAUUGCUCGUUAUCAAGGCCUGCAGUUUGUCUACCUGUCCUAUGUAUACCCCAAUGACUUUACCAGACUCACUCAUAUGGAGAGGAAGAACAAAUGCUUCUACAGAGAGUCUCCUGUCUACUUAGAAAAAUUUGGCUUCUACAAGUACAUGAAGUUGGAUGAGGAGGAAGAUGACCAGCCCAUUUUCUUCCUCAAACCUGAUGAUUUUCUGGAGGAGGAAGAGGGUGUCAACCCAGAGAAGGCAAUCAGUUCCAUCAACCGGCCAGGCAGGAAGACAGUGAAUACCAGCCCAGCAUAUCAAACGUCAAGAAUUACAGCUACCACUGCCUCCUCAAAGGCUGAUAGAUUAGACAGGGAUUCAAAUAUUUUUUUCUCUCAGCAAGAGAGGCAGCACUUUCUGUUAAGAGGAAGAGAAGAGAGUAAAAGAAAAAGAGGGGAAAUAUUUAAUAAAAACACUCUGAUGCAAGAUAGAGUGUUGGAUAAUGAAAUGAUAGAACUUAGAAUUAUGGGUAAAGAAAAGGGUAGCGCAGGUGCUCUAGAGUCUCAAAGUGGAGCUUUAAAUGAACAGAUGGAGCAUGGGGAUUCCCAAACAUUUGAACUUGUUCAAAAGGGUCGUUCAUUAACAUGGCUACUCCCUGACCCAGGUUUGCCAAAUAAGAACAAACUGACAGGAACUGCUAGCCCACCGGUAAAGGGAAGAUCCCUCCUUAAACGUCAUCAAAUGUCCCCUCUUUAUGAUUUGGCUAAUAGGAUAUUAAGUAAUGCAGGCAAGCCUGUUGUUGUUGUUGGGACCAGUGUGGAAAAAGAGACUAAUACCAGCAAAAGUGACAUCACUAGACCCCAGUCACCAAGAAGCAGACCAAAAGGGAUGCCAAAACCUCCUGGUGAAGUGUUUUCUAGUGUCUUCCUUUAUCAGUCUAGAAAGACCAAACGGCUUGUGGAUUUAAGCUCAAAAUGGAGGUCUUUAAAAACACAAGCCACUGCUUCUCAUCUUCUCAACUUGCCCAACUUCUCCCUGAUGGACCAUAAGACUUCUGCCCAAACAAACCUAUUAAAACAGAGUCACCCUUCCUUGCCUACGGAGCCUGGACCUCAUUAUAAGGGCAACCCUACCACCUUCAUAUCAAAUCCAAACAGCUUGCCCCCAUCAAGCCAAGGAGUCCAGCUUGGGCUAAACUCAUCUGAGAACAGCCAGCCUCUGGAGGAGCAGACAAAAAAGAUCUCUGAGAUGCCAGAUGGUUCAGACAUGGUUCAGCAGAGCAGGGGUCUUGAAGAAGGAGACAUGUCAGAGUACAGUUACGGAGAGGCAGAGCUGAGGCCAAGCUUGACGGAGGAGGCCAUUAACUGGCAGCGAACAUUCAGCGUGAACCCUGUGGACUUUGAACUGCUCAGGUCAGACUGGAAUGACCUGAGAUGUAAUGUCUCUGGGAAUCUGCAGCUUGUAGAGAACGAGGUUGUUGAUGUAAUCUCACAGUACAUGGAGAGGCUGAAUGAACAGAAUGGAGGGAUCUACACUCUUAUCCGUAUUGUAAAUGUAGAGAAGCGGAGAGAUUCAGCCAGGGGCAACCGGUAUUUGGUGGAGCUGCUGUUGAUGGAGGGAGGGAAGAGAGUAGUGCGUCUGUCUGAGUACAUUUAUCUCCUGUUGCACCGCAGUCGACAUGAGGACGGAAUUGAGGGUAGAGUAGGAACCAUAGCCUCGUCCCACCAAACACUCUCCAGAACCCCACCGCCCAGUGGCUCCAGUACCUCAAACUACACCACCUCACCCUGGAGCACCAGUUGGGCAAAGCCCUUGCUCUGCCAGCCAGCCAUGUUACAGUGGAGGCAUGAAGUGAUGGUACACUUUGUUGUGCCAGUAAAGAAUCAGGCUCGCUGGGUGCAGCAGUUUAUCUCUGAUAUGGAGCUCCUGCACCAUGACACCAAGGAUGAGAAUUUCAAUGUGAUCAUUGUGGACUUCCAGAGCGAUGAUAUGGAUGUGGAGAAGGCACUGAAGGAGAGCACUGUUCCCAGGUAUGAGUAUUUGAAACAUGAAGGGAACUUUGAGAGAUCCUCCGGAUUACAGUUGGGUGUGGAUUCUAUAGAGGACAACCACAGCAUAGUGUUCCUAUGUGACUUGCACAUACACUUCCCUUACAACAUCCUGGAGGCCAUUAGGAAGCACUGUGUGGAAGGCAGACUGGCAUUUGCACCCAUAGUCAUGAGACUGGACUGUGGAAGUUCACCUCUGGAGCCUGAUGGCUACUGGGAAGUGAAUGGCUUUGGCUUGUUUGGGAUUUAUAAAUCUGAUUUUGAUAAAAUUGGUGGUAUGAACACAGAAGAGUUUAAAGACCGCUGGGGAGGAGAAGACUGGGAGCUGUUGGACAGGGUUCUGCAGAAUGGACUAGAGGUAGAGAGACUGAGAUUGAGGAACUUUUACCACUAUUUCCACUCUAAGCGGGGCAUGUGGAACACUCCUAUUAAAAGACACCUUCAAGGAUAAUGGAACACAGAGGACCUUGCUGUUGCUAUUGUCUGAUUUUGCAUUCGAGGUGGCCAUUUCUGUCCCAGAUGACCUUUACAGGGGAAUAUAUGGGCUUGCCAAAGUUGAUUCAACUUUUACUUGAUGUGUAAAAUAUUAAGCUUUGAGAACACCAGGAGAAUGUCAACAUGGACAGUUUAAGGCACUUGCACAAGAGAUUUUUUUAAUGCUGCUUUGCCAAUCUUUGAAAAGGAUGUGGCAGAGAGGUUUGUUCAAUAUACUUCAGAUUGUCUCUGUCAUACUUACUAAGUAGUUUUUAAUAGUGGACGUUUAUUCCAAGUACUUAUAAUACAGGGUGUCAAAAUGCAGACUAUACUAGACUUAAAACACAUACUAGUUGUGAUG